AUGAGAUGGUCCAGCACAGGCCAAGCGCGACUCCUCGGUCAUUGCCGUCCCCCUGGCUCGUCGUCCAAUUCGGUCGAGGACACUGAUUCGGCCACAUCCGAUUCAUCGUCCACACUGUCUCUUAGUGAUUAUGAAGCUGACGAUCGGAGGCUUGAGGAGACGUACCAUUUGGUUCAGAAGUCUCCGGAACAUCCUCCAAGGCUAGAGGAGGAGCGCCGCAGCAAGGUGGGGCACAAGGGUGUGACUGCCCCACCAUCCAAGCAUCAUAAGAACAUCACCAAGAAGUGCAUCGCCUACGAUGAUGUUGCCGAGGCCUCGGGUACAGGCCAACCAUACGCCACCAACAAUGCCGACACCCAGUGCCACGACGACGUCAUCUCUUCUGAUGAGCGGUUGAAUUACUUAAUUAUUAGUCCGUCUGUUCCAAAUUAUCUGUCGAUUUUGGAGUAUCUUGUUGUGAUGAAGGUUGGUGCAUGGGGUGCACCAGACGGAUCCCCUCAGGAUAUCAACGCCGAAAGCAGGCCCCAACGCCUAGAGAGCAUCACCAUCUAUAGCGUCGAAUCUCCUGGGGUAUGCGGCAUCAAAGGUUUCUCCUUCAAAUACGUGGACCAGCAGGGGAGCAGCGUCAAGAGCGCCAUCUGGGGCAGCAACAGCGGGAAUCCCAACACCAUUGAAAUGAGGGAAGGCGAGCAGCUCAAGCUCGUGGGCGGCACCUUCGACAAUGAGGGCAUCGGAUCGCUCACGCUAGAAACGAACACGACCAAGCACAAGACCUACGGGUAUCCGGUGCAGGGAGGCGAGUUCAGCUUGCCGCUGCCGCAGGGGAAAGGCGAGUUGGUCGCCUUCUUUGGCCGCUCAGACGUGACCCUCAAGGCGUUGGGCGUCUACGUGAAAGGCUCGCCCGCCAAGGUCGGUAAGUGGGGCGCCAAAAGCGGCGCACCACGGGACAUCAGGCCAGAUGCCGAUCCGUGCAAGCUGGAGAGCUUCACCAUCCACAGCAGCGAGCGCAUCCAUGGCUUCUCCUUCACCUACCUUACCAAGAGUGACCAGGCCAUUAGUGUCCCCCUCUGGGGCAAGAAAGCUGGAGAGGAGCAUACCAUUUUCAUGAACCAAAGCGAGUACGUGAGCAGCAUCACCGGCGCUUACGACACCUAUGGCAUCACCUUCCUCAAUUUCGACACCAACCAGGGGGCUUCGCACACGUUCGGGCGCAACCCAUCUGCAGGGACUAAGACCUUUAGCGUGCCGCUGCCGGACAACGGUGCACUGGAUGAUGCGGCCGCGGUCGCCUUCUUCGGCAGCUCCGGGGAUAGCCUCGUCGCCAUCGGCGCCUACGUCGGGGUCGCGCCCGAAUGA